AUAAGAGUUGAUCGCUAGUGCCAUCUUUCGGAUGAUAACAACUUCUUUGAAAGCAAGAUAAAGUAGAACAAGAAUUGAAGAUCAGCAUCAUCUUUUGUGUACUUCUCUUUGUAACAAAAAAAUGUGUCUUUUGAUAUCUAAGAGACGGCGUUGAUCCUUAAUCCAUUUUAUCUUACCUAUUUUUAAAGUAAAAAUUGACCAUCUUGUUUAUAAAGAAAUAUCUUUAUCAUCCGAAAGAUGGCACUAGCGAUCAACUCUUAUUCUAUCUCUAUCCUUUUCCUACCAUUUUUUUUCUUUGUCUACAUUUGUUCUAGCUAAGACAUUCAACAGAUGGCGCUGAUUUCCUAAUUUUUACUCUAUCUCUGUCCUUUUCUUAUUAUUUGCUUUCUUUGUCUAUACUUUUGGCGCGUGAUUACAAACGCGAUAUGGGAUAUCGAAAAAGAUUUAAAGUAAAGGAAAAAAAAAAUAUAUUAAACAAUGAAUUUAUUCUAUAACAUUUUGUACUAAUAAUUAUUAAUAAUUAAAUAAUAAAAUAACAUAAUUAGUUUUCAUUUUAUUAGCAUAAAAUACUAUAGUUUUUAUGCUAAUAAUAAAAAAUAAUUAAAUGCACAUUAUUGAUUUUAACAUAUAAUAAUAAUGAUAUAUUUGGAUUGAAAACAAGUGUUCUGUAUCAACUUAAUAAUAUAUCGAUGUAUAUCAAAUAUAUGAUACAACGUUUCAUAAGAAACGUAUAUUACAUACUUGUUAUAUUUUUUAUUAAAAAUAAACGUAUUAAUUACAGCUAGUAACCUUUAAAAUUUUUCAUUCGAACGACAGGUGCAACAAAUAUAUGGGGUUGCGUUAUGGGGAAUUACUAUGGAAACCUAUAGAAUGCUCUACAGUUGACUAAUGGAAAUUGAACUUUGCUGCACGUACUUUGACGUUAAACGUCGAACUCAAAGGGUUAUUGAAACCAAUUUCUCGUCUAAUUAGCGACAAUUUACGGAUAAUUAAUUACGCCGAUGUGCGCCAAUAGCGAUAAUAGUGUUAAAACAAGGAAUGAUACGUCGAAGAAGAAAGUGGUAUCCGCACAAAAUUUAUUUAUGAAACCAUUAUUGAGGUUGAAACAGCAAGAACAUAUUCUUGAUAAAGGAUUAAUUAGCGCAAUUAAAAAUAUGAAAAUAGACUCGAAUUUAUUACAAGAUAUCACGCACCAACAUACAGAGUUGUCCUUAAGAAGACACAAUUAUUUAGAUACAAUGUAUAAAAAUAUAGAAAAUAUUAUUUCCGAUUUGGAUUCUGUAAAAAAUAUCGUUAAAAAUCCGGAAGAAAUUAAGAAAUUAGAUGUAAAAAUGUACAAAUCAAAAUUGAUCAAACUUUCGCAAAAUAUGCAGGAUUUCAAAAAAUCUUAUCCCAUUCAAACUUUAAAAGAGGAAGGGGAUGCUUUAAAUUCUGAAUUUCAAGAAUGUAACUUCAAUUUGGAUAAAUAUGAGAAGGCGCAGAAGAAAAAUGCAACACGCACUCCACUGUUGUGUAAAACUAAAACGGAAAAUAAAAAGGAAAAAAUCGAAUUUAAAGACGUGGAUGAUUUUCAUGACCUUGUUGCGAUAACAGGUCACACGGAAAAUUGGACGUUGGAUGAUCACUUGUUUUUUUUAAAAAUGAGGAAAAAGUGCAAAAGCAUUCCAACUCUUGUUACAACGAUUCAAAAAAAGUGUCCAGAUUUAACGGCUGAAAGCAUAGUGAAUCACGAGGCAUGGUACAAACAUUACGAAGAUUUGCGUGAAAGACAAAGGAUGGCGGUGAAGGAAUGGCGUCGACAAAAAGAAUUAGAGAAAAAAACAAAUAUCGAUGAAAUUGGGAAAGAAAUUGAGCAUUGGCACGAAAAGGAAGAUUUCCAAAACGAAAUUGUCGAAGAGAAAACGAUAAAAGUUUUUAAAAAGACAAGUCAUUCGGAAACUAACAGCAGUGCAAGUUCGAAUAAUAACAAUGAGAAAAAAGAAUUGAUUAAAAAGUGGAAAAUUGAGAAGGAAAAUAAACGUUUUAUGGAUGAAGAACAGAUGAAAGUGCAAAUGAAGUUGAAGAAAGAAAGGGAAGAAAAUAAAAGAAAGAAACGUCAAGAGAAGAUUCAGGAAUCUUUGGAAGAAUACAAAAAGAAAAAAUCAAUGGAAAAUACUUUGAAAGAAAUGAACAAAGUUUACAAAGAGAAAUGUAAAUAUAACACAAUUUUGAUUAGAGCGUUUAGGGAGCAGGAUAAAGAAUAUACUGAGAAAAGGAAAAAUUUGAUUCUACGUUCAAAGAAGCCAAAGAAAAGCGACUUGGUGGAUGUAAAAAGGGUGGAACUCGUUGAAACGCGAAAUUAUUCGACAUUGUUAAAUAGCACGAAGGUUUGGAGGGAGAAAUGUAAAAUCGACGAUUCGACAAAACAUAUCAACGAAUUUCGAUAUAUCAAGGAUAUCCCAAAAAUGUGUAUCCGAUGGAGGAACGAAGAAUCGGAGGAUCUAAAAGUCUAAUAAGAAAUAUACCGAUUAAAAAAUGUAAAAGACAUUAGUAUAAAUGAUCGUACGUAUUAUCGUAUAUGCCUAAUUUAUUGUACUCGUAAAAGUUUUAUCAUUUUUAUGGAUAACACGCUAACGCGACUCAAAGUACGUAUAAAUAUACAAUUUCUUUUUCACACGUGAAUUUUACAGAAUUUUUCUUUAAUUUUAAUUUUUUUCUAAAACAAUAUUCAACGAUAAUCAUGCAAUUGAUCGAACGCAACUUAAAAAUUACCUAAUUCCCUGUUUAAUCAAAAAUACAAUCGUUAUUAUUUCCUUUUUUUUCUCUCUUUUCUUUUUUCUUUUUUUUUUUUUUCCCUUCAAUCAAUCAAUGCUUGGAUAUACAGGUAUUCAAGAGAAUUGAAGAGGAAAAUUAUUACAGCUAAAAAAUAUACGAUAUGUUUUUUUACUCCUCCGCUCGUUUAUACCAUAACUUCAAUAAAUUAAUUAAAUCGAACAGAGCAUACUCUUAGAGCAGCAAAUAUUUAACACAAUUACUGCAUAAUAAUUUAUAUAUUAGUCAAUUAUAUUUGAAAGUAUUUAUUUACAGUAAUUGUACUUACUUCCUGUUCGAAUAUCCCCAAACUCUUCGGAACUCAUUCUUCACUAGAGGCGAACGAAAUCUCGGUGUCUGUUUUUGUACUUCGUUUCCGAAUUGGUAUACUAAAAGUAUUCUCCUAUAAUAGUAACAGUCUUCCAUGAGAAAGUAUCCACGAAACGCGACAGUUCGACCAAAUUUGAUGGAGCUAAACCAUGAGACCGUGUCUCGUGGUUGAUCCAUUUUUUUUUUUUUUUAAUAUUAAUUAUUAUACUUCGAGAUUGUUACUAUCCAUCACUCUGUUAUUUACAAUCUUCGCUAAAAUCUUCGAAUUACAAAUAAUCCAUAUUACUUGUCGUCUAUUGCCACGGAGGAAAUUCGUACGAUAGAAACUCGCCAUAAUAUUGGCUAUACAAAUUGAUCUGUUCUGAAAAUUAUACAAGAUUAUUGGAUUCAUUUUGAAAACGCGGCCUCAGCACAACACGACGCAACUUUAUCAAACUUGUUAAAAAAUUUUAUACAGAUCUCUUUUUAUUUAUUUUUUCUUUCUUUCUUUCUUUUAACUUUAAUUUUGAAAUAUAAUUUUUCAAUUGUAAAAAAAAAAAAAAAUCAAUUGAAAAGUAGACGCCAUAUUGAACGAGUGCGCUCGUCAAAAUGAGAUGAAAGGGCAAGUGGAAAUGAACGAAACCGAUUGAUAUAUACUUAUGUUUAUUUUUCUUUUACGAACGUAUCGGUUUUCUUCAGACGAUGUACAUAAUAAGUUAUGAGUAAAAGAGUGUUGGUUUUAUCCAAGACCGUUCAUUUUAUUCGCCUGUAUUCAAAGUGGACUAUUAAUAAUUAAUUCCCCCCUAAACCCCAUGUUACCUGAGCGUGAAUGUGUGUAUGUGUGUGUGUGUGUUUUGUGUGUGUAUGGGUAUAUCGAAUGCAAAUAAACGGGCACAAAAGAUCGGAGAAAAAGAACGAAGAGAGGAAAAAAUUAAACAAAUACGUACAAGGGACGAAAAUUAUGACUCAGUCCAGCCAUGGAUAAUACCAAUUCUCAACGAUUUUACUCAAAUAUAUAAUAUACUUUCUAUUAACCUUUUGUUCGUUAAUUCGAUAUUCUUUUUUGUAGAUUUUUUUUUUCUUCUUUCCUUUUCGUCUUUCGUUAGAUUACCAAAUACAAAAACAUAGGUGAUACAAUAUAUAUAUUUAUAUAUAUAUGUAUUUAUAUAUAUAUAUAUAAUAUGUAUAAUGUUAUAAUACAAAUGUGCCUCGUACUGUGCUGAGUACGAUAGAUCGAUCAGAAUCGACGAGUGUCUAUAAUUCAUUUUUAUUUUUUUUUUUUUUUUUUUUUGUCCACCUAUUUAUCUUUAUUUCCUGUCCACAACUUCCGCUUCCUCUCCAUCUUUCUCGCGAAACUUUACAAUUCACAAUCAUCCUAUCUUCCAUUCACAUCCUCGCGGGCAUACCGAUACGAGUUAAACGCCACACCAUAGCAAUAUUAAAUAUCUUCAUCGAUUUCCCUCCCUUCGAGCUAUGUAUAUAUACACAUAUAUCAAUUUAUAUAUGUAUAUAUGCACAAAGAAAUAUAACCGUUUAGAAUUCUUCUCUCUUUAAUAAUGCAUAUCAUUUCUCUAGAAGUUUAUUACAACGAACAAUAAAAUGUUUAAUGAAACGUUCCAUCUUCCUGACUCGUUCAACCAUAUGAUCACUCACCCCCAUCUUGUUCCACUUUGCUACGCACACGUACAUAGAUACAUACUCACUCGCGCACACAUUCACACAUACACUUGUUCUUAUUCAUCCUUUCGUUCUCGUAUCAUCCUCCAUCGAAACAAGGACUGCCAGACGAUUCGACACUGUUUUCUUCCACACUGUUCGCCAUUUUCUUCUUCAUAAUUCUUCAUCUUUCCCCUCCCCCCCUUUUUUAUAAUAAAUAUGUACACACCUUGAACAUUUGUACAAGUUUAAAGAUCUUCUCAUUCAGCCUUUUACUAUUAGUUUAUUCCUCCCUCCCCCUUCUCCUUCUAACAAUAUUUAUCAUCGUUAACCUCAAACGCGAUAUCUUAUCCUCCAUCUUCUUUUAUCCUAUUACUUUCUUUUCUUUCUCUUGCGUAACUAUAUAGGCGCAACAGGUGUGUAUUCGAUCCUUUUCUUUUCCUUUUCUUCGCCUCGAACGAUCAAACAGUCAGGAUCGAUCGAUAAUUCCGUUUGCAACGAACGACUCUUGUCCUAGCGAUCGAAAAAUGUGCGUGUCCCUUUUCUCUCUUGAACUGUCCGAGAAACAGCGUCGUUUACGGCGUACGCGAUUUCACAGACUUCAACACUCGUCACGGAUAGUCUACUACGAGUUUCUCUAAUUUCUAGCAUUGCACACGGUUCGGGGACGGUAAUGAAUCGGACUCGGUAUCCUCUAGAUUGAGAUCAAUCCUCGUCAGAUGAAGAAUCGCGUCGUUCAAAGAAGGCUUCAAGACAAAAGGGAACGCGAUCGAUAAAAGCGAUUCGUAUAAUUUUCUAGAAUCAAUAUGAUAUCGAUGUCAGAAUUUUUUUUUUUUUCUUUUCUUUUUUUUUUUUUUUUUUACAAAAUUUUUAAUCGAAUCGAUUUUUUGGAGGUUUCUAAGGAUUCACGACGAUUUUCGAGAACGUUUUAUUAAUCUAGAAGCAAGAAAUGUACACGGAUUAAAUCAACCUUUCUUUCUUUCUAUAUGAUUAAAUCGAUAAUCAAAUGAAAUCGUGUUAUUUUUGUAAACUAAAUAUAAAUUGUAUUGGAUAUUAAACGGAAAGAAAAUAUAAUUUAUUAUCGAAAUUGGAAUCCACGUAUAUUUCUUGCGAGAUGAGACUCUUAAUAACUAAUCGAAUGAAUUCCAUACUUCUUUUGCUGCCAGAUUUAUUGAUGAGAUAUAGAUGAAUGUACAUCUGGACCCCAAUAGAGUGCUACUUUAAAUCGAGAUUAAAACGAAAGAAGCGUUUAUCAUCCUAGAUCAUUUUGUUUGCGUUCGUUCAUCGACGGUUUCACGGUUUCUAACCUCAAUAGAUCCGUUGAACAACCAGCGAUUUUUUUUUCCUUUUGUAAUCAUUUUUAUUUUCUUCCCAUAAGAAAUAAACGACCAACUGUAAAUGCAAUAAUGAUUGACGAUGAUCGUAAAAUGGUAACGUUCUCGCAGGACGAAAAAGAUGAUUCACGUUUAAAGUAAAAACCUUAUAUCUUUCCAUCCAUGUUUGUCGCAGUCUUUCGAUCACCAGCCAAGGCUUUCGGUUCACGCAGUCAUUCUUCGAUCAAUUCACUCGUUUCCUCCGUGUUUCAACUAACCUCGACGGGACACAAACGUAUCAAGCUAGCGUUCUAAAGAAUGUGGACGAUGAUAUCGCAUGAUUUCGCUUUCACUGAAACAUCAUAUGUAAUGUGGUCUACACCGUUAAAUAUCUCAUUUCCAUUUUAACCAAGUUAUAUAUAAACUUGGAACGUAUAUACGUGUGCAUGAUAAAUGUUAUAUUCGACUAUCCAGGACAACGAGUAACCUCAAAUUACUUGUUCCGAUAGAAUGUUUAUCGAUGAUGACCGAUGGAUUUUCUAUAAACGUAUAAAAAAGACGAAUUAUAUCGCGAUGAAAAGAGCGAUGCACGCAUCCCUGCUUCAAUAUUAAAGAUCACAGCUGUAUCUCGAUCGAUUUUUGAAUCGGGGACACGAUGAAAAUGUUUAUACGCGAAUUUCACACUACAAUCAUGAUGCUCGGUCCUAGACAGUCAAAACGGCAUAUAGCGCCAUCACGAAGGAAACGAGUAAUUAAAGAACUGCAUGAUCCGUCGAAGAUCUCGCGUUACUCUCUCAACCACGAGUUUUUUUUUCACAGGUUUUUCCUUCUCGUCUGCCUCUCUUCCUUGAUCUCAUCCUAUCCUCACCCAUAAUUUCGUUCAUUCUCCAUCGAAAAUUAGUAGAUCGCAUUUCUUUUCUUUCUGUAUUCUUUCAAUUAUCCUUUUUCCUCGUAUUUUUCCUCUUUCUUUUCGUUCUGCACUUUUUUAUUUUUAUUUCAUUUAUUCCUAAGCUUGUAUAAAAACGAUAGUUCUUUUUUUUUUUUUUUU